AUGGCCCAGCUCUAGAGAAGCUCUGCUAUGCACCUCAACUAGAGAGAAGUCAGACUUCUCUAGAGACAUUAUUUCCUAUUUGGACAAGCUCUUAACAUUUUUGAUCAGAUGGCCAGCAAAGAAGAACUAAUUCCAGACUACGAGUAUGAACUCGAUGAGAACCACGAAGAGGAAAAAACAAAUGGCGCCAAUGGAAAUAAGGUGACUGCUUAUUCUGGUGUACACUCAGCAGGUUUUAAGGAUCUCCUUCUUAAGCCUCAACUUCAGAGAGCUAUUAUUGAAUGCGGAUUUGAGCAUCCAUCAGAGGUGCAACAAGAAUGUAUUCCACAGGCAAUGAUAGGUGUUGAUGUGCUCUGCUAAGCUAAAUCUGGUAUGGGGAAAACAGCAGUCUUCGUCCUAACUAUUCUUCAUUAGUUACCAGAGGACCCUAAACCAAUCUCCGCUUUAAUCCUGUGUCACACUAGAGAGCUUGCUUAUUAAAUUAAGCAAGAGUUCACUAGAUUCACUCAAUUUCUACCAGAAAUUAGAACAGAGGUUAUUUUUGGAGGUUAGCCCAUAAAGGAUCAGGUUAAUAUGCUUAAGGGCCUCAAACCACCUCACAUUGUCGUCGGAACUCCAGGCAGAAUCAAGCAUCUCGUUAAGGAAAAGGCUCUUGAUCUCUCCGGUCUAAAAAUCUUCGUUCUUGAUGAAUGCGAUAGAAUGCUAGAGGAAACUGACAUGAGAUCCGACGUCCAACAGAUUUUUAUGGCAACUCCUCAUCAAAAGCAAGUGAUGAUGUUUUCAGCAACUUUCCCUAACGAGUGCAAAAACAUCGCAAGAAAGUUCAUGAAGAACCCCUUCGAAAUUUUCAUUGACAACCAAAACAAGAUGAUCCUUCAUGGUCUGAAGUAAUACUACAUCAAACUUGAAGACAAUCAAAAAAUCAAGAAGCUAACUGACUUAUUGGACUCACUUAUGUUCAAUCAGGUCAUCAUCUUCGUUCAAUCUAUCAAACACGCCACUAAGCUUGACGAAAUCCUAAGAAGAGAUAACUUCCCAUCCAUUUGUAUUCAUGGAGAUCUCCCAUAGGAGGAAAGAAUCAAGAGAUAUUAAGAUUUCAAGAAGUUCAACCAUAGAAUCAUUGUCGCUACUGACAUUUUUGGUAGAGGUAUUGAUAUUGAGAGAAUCAAUGUGGUCUUUAACUUUGACAUGCCAGACAGCUCAGACUAAUAUCUUCAUAGAGUUUGCAGAGCUGGUAGAUUCGGUACUAAAGGUCUAUCAAUUAGUUUUAUCUCAUCUCCAACCGAGCAAGAGACUCUUGAUGCUAUCCAAAAGAGAUUCGAGGUGAAAAUUGAGGAGCUCCCAACCACCAUCGAUGUAUCAACUUACAUGAACAACUGA